ACUAUUUCCGUCGCGAAGGUGAGGCGAUGCUGAUUCCCGCAUCCGCAGCUCGGGGCGCGGUCGGCGAGUGAGACGGAAGUGAGGCAGAGAGCCUCCCGUCCACAUCGGCUGCCGCGUCGGUUAUUUUAGCCCGGCGGCCCGCCUUUCCACGCGCCGACCUCUGCCUUCCGCUCGCCACUUCUUGUCCCCGCCGCCCCGCGGCCUCGUUCCGCCCGGCACGGGCAUGCGGAGCGGCGUCGGUGCGUCCUGACAAACAGAGAGAGAGACCGCGCGAGCGCGCGAGCGGUCGAGUGGAACCAGUAGACCAGAGGCGGAGGUUGCCGGCCGGAUGGAUAUCACGGAGGUCACGGUGGUGCACCACGCCGCGCUGGUGCUGGCGGCGCUCUGGGCCGCCGUGGCCGCCGGGUGGACGUACCCGGUGCUCUUCCUCGCCGCGCUCCUCUACAUCUUCGCGGUGAAUGAACGGUACACAAUGAGACUGCAGAGACGGCUACAGUAUGAGGAAAGGAAAUGUGCCAAUCAGAGAAAGCUUCUCUCUGAUGCAGAGACUGUUAGGUGGUUAAAUUAUGCUGUGGAAAAGAUCUGGCCAGUUUGCAUGGAGAGGGUUGCAUCCCAGCAGUUCCUUUUGCCAAUAUUCCCGUGGUUCCUAGAGAAGUUCAAACCAUGGACAGCAAGGAAAGCAGUUAUCCAAAGCCUUUACUUGGGUAGGAACCCGCCAAUGUUUACAGAUAUUAGAGUUGUUAGCCAAUCAACUGAUGAUGACCAUUUGGUUCUGGAGAUAGGGAUGAACUUUCUUUCAGCCGAUGAUAUGGAUGCAAGAAUGGCUGUGCAACUAAGGAAGAGAUUAGGAUUUGGCAUUACAACAAACAUGCAUAUAACUGGGAUGCAUGUUGAAGGAAAAGUCCUGGUAGGGGUGAGGUUUCUCCAACAGUGGCCAUUCAUUGGUCGUGUAAGAGUUUGCUUUGUUGAGCCUCCAUACUUCCAAAUGACAGUGAAACCUUUAUUCAGUCACGGGCUUGAUGUAACUGAACUUCCAGGAAUUUCUGGAUGGCUUGACAGAAUGUUGGAUGUUGCCUUCGGGCAGACCCUUGUUGAGCCUAACAUGCUAGUUAUUGAUCUGGAAAAGUUUGCCUCCGAAUCAACAGAGAGCUGGUUUAGUGUUGAUGAGAAACCACCUAUUGCACAUGCCAAGGUAGAGAUCGUGGAAGGUGCUGACAUGAAGCCAUCUGAUCCAAACGGACUAGCUGAUCCAUAUGUGAAAGGUCAUCUUGGACCCUACCGUUUUCAGACAAAGAUCCAUAAGAAAACUCUUAACCCGAAAUGGCUCGAGGAGUUUAAAAUACCAAUUACUUCAUGGGAAGCAAUCAAUCUUCUUUCUCUUCAAGUUCGAGAUAAGGAUCCCAUCUUUGAUGACACUCUGGGUGAUUGUUCCAUAAGCAUCAACAAAUUGAGAGGUGGACAAAGGCAUGAUAUAUGGAUGGCACUAAAGAAUAUAAAGACGGGGAGGAUUCACAUUGCUGUAACUGUACUUGAAGACGAAAAUGAAAAGGUUCCUAAUGAUGAAGAGGAACAGUGUGGGACACCCAAGGGGGGAAAAGCCAGCACACCUAUGUCCAGCAUUUCAUCCAGGACCAACGCUGAAAGUGAAUCUUCCGAUGAAUUUCGAAAGAUGUCUGAUGAAUACGAGCCAGUUGACAUCGAGGGAUUGGAAAAGGCUGAUGUUUGGGUACAUCGCCCGGGCAGCGAUGUCACCAGUACAUGGGAACCUCGGAAAGGACGUCCUCGGUGCCAGGAUUCCAAAAUCCACCGGGAGAACGAUGCUUGCAGCGAUAGCCCAAGGUCAUCAGUAUCAGAAUCUCAGAGAAGUGACUCCAGUAACGAAGAACCUGCCAACGAUAGAUCGCACCGUCACCUCCACAAGGUCAAGAAGGGUUUGGGCAAACUAGCUGGAGCUGUCUUCCACAGGAGCCCAAAGAAAGAGAGUGAUGAUGAAGCUUCCCCAUGCUUGACGCCUCACCCAAACAUUCGGCCAAUUGGAGAAAGCAGUGUUUCGGUGACAUAUGUGGUCGAUCAAGAUCCUGGGAAUAACAGAACGCAGCAGAGAGCAGAUGACCAGCAUUCAAGCCCUGAGGCAGAGGAACUGGAUAGCCCAACCAAGAAGCACCUGAGGAAGAAGGCAGCUGACAUGGUGAAACAUGCAGGGAAAACCGCUCAUAACCUUAAAACCAUGUUCAGCAAAAAGAGCCUUGACAAGAACAAAGAAGAAUGCCAAAAUGAUGAGAAAGAUGAUCCUGCUGCGACGAAAAUGGACAUGGUGGAAGUGGAUCCUCCUGCGCCAAGCAACGCUGCGGUAGAUGCACCAGGGCCUGCAGAUGAUGGCAAUGACAAGGUGUAGUGAAACAUAUCCUGCGCUCUGUUACUUCUGUAUGCUGUUACAGAAGACCGUGGGUUAAGCCUGUGUAGGUAGUUACCAGAUAGUAGGUAGUUACCCUGACAACCGACACAGAGGUCAGAUCUUGAGAGUACUAGGUUAUGUUUUUUUUUUUCGUGUGUUCAGUGCUCGUAGAGUAAUUUCUGUAAAUAUCCAUGUAGAUUCCUGGAAGUGUUGUUUCAUGGCUUAAACGCACCACCUCUACACAGUAAAAGUACAAGUUGACAACA